AUUUUACCCGCACUUUUUCGAUGGGCAGCGAAUUUUUCACAAAGUAUUUACAAGUUGGUGAAAGAUUGGUCUGCCAAAUAGAAAUUCAUUCUUUGGAUGACAAAAAGUCAAACAAAAGAUGGCUUCAGCGGAAUCAAUUAAAGGAUAUUGAAAAGUUACUAAAAGGUCCAUUAAGAGCAAGGAUAGAAGAAAAAGAAAAGAAUGACAUCAGAUCACAGAAUAUUUUAACAGGAAGUACAGUGCGUCUGGGAUAUGUGUUUAAAAAGAAAUCCCUUCAUCAUACUUUGUUACUUGGUGAAGAAGAAUCAGGAGAUGAUGAUUUUUACAGUACUGCUCACACUGUGUUCAGAGAGAAAGUAGUUGUGUUUGUCACUUCAUUAGAAUCUCAAAAUACUAAAAGUGUAACAAAGCUAGCAAAAGUCCUCCAUGACUGCAGCCAAUCACAAUCACAGCCUAAUUCAGUCAGCAUAAGUAAUUACUUUACCAAACAAUCAUCCACCAGUCAAAAUGGUAGUCAUGGUAACAUCAAACAGAAUGGUAACACAGAAAAUGGUGUAUCUUCCAAUGAGGGAAAAAGAAAAGCUAUUAAAAAACUUGUUGGAAGGACCAACAAAGCUAUUUCUAAGGUCAAGAAAGAAAAGAGAAUAGCAAAAAUCUUACAGAAUUUUAAGAAAAUAGAAGGAGAAAAUCCAGACUGUGCUUCUAAUAAUGCCUCUGGGUCCAUUGAAUCUUACCAGACUGCAAAUCUAGUACAAGACAGCAAGCCAUCCAUUACUGGACUGGGCAGGAUAGAACAGGAAACUGUAUCAACAAACUGUUCAUCCUCUGUUAAUUCAGUUAGCUCACUACAGGAAAACAGUAAUUCAUCAUCUGAGUCAGGUCAAAAUGACAUGUGUAUCAAUUACAGAGGAACAAAAUAUGGAGCAAAUUAUCCUCCAUACAUAGAAUCCUGUCAGUCUGAAAUAGAUUACAUCGAUAUAGAAAUAGACUGUCAUUCCACAAAAGUUCCAAAAUAUAGUCAGCUAUCUGUUCCUAGUAUUCAAAAUGGCUGCGAUUCUGGGUCAGAUACUUCUUGUAUUGAGACAGACUAUAUUUACUCAAAUGUUACUUCUAAAUCUAAUCAGCAGUGCCAGUCAAACUACAAUAAACUCAAAAAUAAGGCUACUACCUCAGAUACUGUUGACGAUGGAUUUCCAGAUAGUAUGCCUGACAUUGUAUCUGAUUGUUCUGUUGAUCUCACGGAACCUCCUGAAGAUAUGCCAGAUAUAAUGAACGAACAUUCUUCAUUUGAAUUCUGCUCAGAAGAUGAUAAUCUUGGUGACAAUUAUGAUCCUGCCGAAAAUGAUCAGGAAAAUGUAAUCUCUGAUUGCUUAGAUAUGGCUGAUAAUCUUCUUCAAGUUCCCAUGGUAACCGAUAAGAAAUUGGAGGAGGAUGUGAUGUAUACAAAUUUUAGUCCAUGUGCUGAUAUUUAUGACAAUGAAGGUGAUUGUCAGAUAACUGAUCUAUGUAAUUCUGAUACAGAUGAAAAUAUUGGGGAAAAUGACAUUAAGACAGGGGGUAAUGUUGUAAAUAGUCUGGUUGAUCUUGAUUAUGAGAAUAGCCAGCAGAUGACAAAUCUUAAUAAUGUUGACAUUGAAAUUUGCCAGCAAGGAGCAGAUCUUACUGAUAAAGAGAGUAGCCAGCAAACAACCAAUACUAUGGAAACAAAUGUUUUAAGUGACAAUGAUUCAAGUGAUUCUGAUCUGCCUGAUUGUGACUUCAUAGCAUAUAAAUCUAGAAGACGGACUUCAAUCUUUCAAAGGGCAAUUGAUAUUUGUCAACUUAUUAAAACUAGCAAGGAUAAUAGUCAUGUGACCACAUCACCUGACAAAGAUAUAACAAAAAAUGAAAAAAACAAGAGAAAAAGAAGUAAGCAUGUUCUUCCAAGUUUUUCACCUUCUAACUCAGAGGAUGAGUUGAAUCCAUCAAAAGUAGCCAAGACUGAUGGUGAGGUGAAUGAGUUUAAUUUUGAUGACAACAUGAAUGAAGUUAGUGAUGAAGAAAUGGAAUGUUUCAUUUUAUCAGUUGACAAAUCUGAGAAUGACAUCGACAAGAAGAUUGAAAAUUCUGGAACCGUGUGUAAUUUAACAGAAGACCAGUUAAAGUAUUUGGUACUGAAGAAUAAGAUGUAUCUAAAGUCCAUCUUUCAGGGAAAUACUGAGUCAUGGCGCCAUCUUGAUUAUAAGAAAGGAGGAAGAUCAAGAAAGUUGCUAAACCAUCAAGUGCACUUGGGAUUGUUUACAGAAGAACAACAAGAUAUCGUCAUGGAAACAUUAAUGUCCAUUUUUUGUAAGAAACAUCAUAAGUAUUUGGAAUAUGUGAUGAAAGUUUUAUUACCUGAGAUGUUGAUCAAGAUCCAUAUGGCAGUUCAUAGUGUCAGUCAUAGAGAAUCAGAGGUCAUGAUGAUGGAGGCUUUGUCGAAACCAGGAGGUGUCUACAUUUGAAUAGUUCUGUAUUGAUAAGAAAAAAAUGCUUGACCAGUGGUCCUUGCACAUAUAU